AGUACCAGUGGACACGGGGUGACCUAUCUUUUCAAUGGGUGUCUUGGGGCUUUUUAUAACAAAAUCCUGCUUUCGUUUUAUAGUGAGCAGUGGUAUGUCAUAACAGAUGACCAGUGGACUUUUGAGUGUUUGGUUGAGGUACCUACCCUGUCACAACAACACUCCUUCUUGAAGGUGGAUAACUGGAUAUCAUUUUGUGACCAUGACGCGUUGUGAUCCCAUCGUUACCGCCACGCCAGCACAGAGGUGGCCAUAAAUUUGCGCAUGAGACUCAUUUGCCAAUGGAACUAGUUGGGAGGAAGAUCAAAGGAAGGGAGCGGUGGGCGAAUGCGCAGAUUUCGGGUCCCGCGUUAUUGUUUUCUAUUUGACUCAAGUCCCAUAAAGACGAUAAGAAAGGGUCGCAGGACUUCAAAGACAGUGGGCAGACAGAAUAGAAGAACGAUCCACCAGAUUUCGACCACAUGAUAAUAAAACAGUGAACUUUUUGAAGUGGACUCGUGUGAUGGGUGUUCGUCGUAGUAAGCGAUCAUCACGUGACUAAGUUGUAAAUGUUGAUUAGCAUACGGAAGGGUCGCCGAGGUCGGAUGGUCGUCAUUCACAGAGUUUACUUGACAAAACGACAGAAGGGUUUAGAUCCGAGCACUCAUACCUCCCUAAAUUUCCAACUGCUGUUUGAUAUUAUGAUACGGAACUGAAAAAGAGAGCUGCAUCUUACUAUUUAAUUCUACGAGCAACUCGCCUCAAUAAAACAUUUUUUGCCGUUUUGUUUUCUGGCCAGUAUGCAGAUAGGUAUGGAACAGGCUUGGCCAGCUCAACGCCCCACAGGAAUGGACAGUUGUGCUGCAGAAUAUAGAGGUAUUUCUGGCCCUAUGAACGGUCUAUACGGGUCAAGCAGUAGGCAACGAGCCUCGUGCAAUGCCAUGGUCAGUGUGAGUUCUUCAAACCCUGAACAACUUAGUGCUUUUCACUACUCCUAUCCCAUGUAUAACUCGCCCACCGAGUCAAGUUUGGCUGCAUCCAGUGCAGGAGACGAUCUGCCACCGGGGGCCGCCGUGAGUGGGGUGUCACCAGCGGCAGCCGCUGCAGCCUGGAAUAGCAGCGAGAUUCGUGGUGGGGCGGCAGCUGCUGCCGCCGCCGCUCACGGGGCCACGCCUCGGCCCUACGCCAACACAUUUGGCAAUACCUUUCUAACUCACGCAGGAUCCCCUCCUCAUCACGCCCAUAUGGCCCACCAACAGCAAUACAUGGGGAGCAACGCUUACGGUUCCCCAUACGGUCUCCACAACUCACCAUAUCCCCUUGAUAUGACAGGUAAGAAACAUCAAACUCGUUAUAUCACCCCUUCUCUUACCCCAUAAACAUCACCCAACGAU